AUGAACCAGGACGACCUCCUGCCAAAUAGCCUCUCCUGCUCCCAACAGGUACCGCUCGGCGUUGGGGAGCUCUUCUCGGUAAAGAAUAGGAUCGUCGUCGUCACGGGAGGUGGCUCGGGUCUCGGCAAGUCCAUAGCUGAGGGCUUUGCGGUAAACGGCUCCCGCGUCUACAUCGUCGGUCGGCGUCUGGAAGUUCUUCAAAAGGCUGCCAAUGAGAUUGGUGGCGAUGUUCAUGUACUUCAAGGAGAUGUGGGCACCAAGGCUGGUUGCGAGAAAGUAGCCGAGCAGGUCAAAGCCCUCGAGUCCCGCGUAAGCGUUAUACCUCUGUCGUUAGAUCCAUUUGCAUUCUCUUACCUGUUGUCCGCAUCUCAGGUCGACACUCUCGUCAACUGCGCUGGGUUGAUGACCCUUUGGAAAGUCUACGCCAAAGACCGGAACAAUGUCCAUAUCAACGGAGUCUACUUUAUGACGACAUGUCUUGUUCCGUUGCUGCGCAGAGCCGCCGACCCAAACGUCUUGGUCAUCUCAUCUCUCGCCGCCCUGACAAACGAUGGGUUUGUGACAUCGGUAGCUUACGGACUUUCAAAGGCCACCGAGAGCAAGCUUGCCUUGAUGCUUUCAUCUCUCCUUCGUCCGAUGAAGAUCCGCGUGAACACCAUUUGCCCCGGCAUAUUUCCUUCAAAUAUGACAGGUGUUCUGAAAGAUGAGAACCACAUGCCAAUCCUGAUCGCCGCCACAGACAGGGUCGGCUGGGGACUGCAUCCAGUAGCGCAGGAGACGACGGCCCGAUCAACCGCAGGUCGCCCGGGCCGCCCUGAGGAGAUAUUGGGCCCGGUUAUAAUGCUCUCGAGUGCGGCAGGUGCCUACAUGAACGGCGCGCUGCUCGUCAUCGACGGCGGCCUUCUUGUGAAUGCCUUGAGCUAG